UCUCUCUUUCUCAAGUGUUCAUCCGAUUCUAGUCCUAAUUCUCACAUCUUCUUCUUCAAGACAUACAUUUUGUCUCUCAAGGAGUGCAACUCCACUUCAUUAAUGGCUCUGGUUUUUGCUCUUAUUCUCAGUUGUUUUAUAGGGUUAACACAAGGGCAACUAAGAGUUGGCUUCUACUCUCAGACAUGCCCCAACGCUGAAGAAAUCGUCAGUUCUGUGGUUCGAGAAGCCGUCGCUUCUGACCCCACCAUGGCUGCCGCCUUGCUUAGGCUCCAAUUCCAUGAUUGCUUUGUCGAGGGGUGUGAUGGGUCGAUAUUAAUUGAUAACGGUCAAGGUUCAGAGAGACAAGCAUUUGGCCAUCAAGGCGUUAGGGGCUACGAAGUAAUAGAUAGAGCGAAGGCCCAAUUAGAAGCAGAGUGCCGCGGCGUGGUUUCUUGUGCAGACAUUGUGGCCUUGGCCGCCCGAGACUCUAUAGCCCUGAGCAAUGGGCCGUCCUAUGAUGUUCCGACCGGUCGCCGGGACGGCCGAGUAUCCAAUUCAACGCUUGCCGAUAACAUGCCGGACGUGAGUGACUCCAUUGAGCAACUUAAAGCCAAAUUCAGGCAGAAGGGGCUUUCACACAAAGACCUUGUGGUUCUCAGUGCUGCACAUACCAUUGGAACCACUGCAUGUUUCUUUAUGACAGAUCGGCUCUACAACUUCUUCCCCGGCGGUGGCUCUGACCCGUCGAUUAACCCUGAUUUCCUUCCGGAGCUACAAGCUACGUGCCCCCAGAACGGAGAGAAUAGUGUGCGGUUAGCGCUGGAUCGCGGGAGUGAGCUAACAUUCGACAACAGUAUCCUCAGCAACAUCAGAGAUGGGUUCGCUGUAUUAGAAUCCGAUGCCAAGCUCUAUCAAGAUGAAGCCACGAGCCGCGUAGUUGACUCCUAUUUUGGCUUGCUGAGCUCCGUUCUGGGUCCAUCUUUUGAGACCGAUUUUGUUAAUUCAAUUGUGAAAAUGGGCCAGAUUGGUGUCAAGACUGGUUCUCGCGGAGAGAUCAGGCGGUCCUGCAGGUCUUUCAAUUGAUGAAAUUAUAUGGAAUCAUGCACCUUCUGGGUACCUAGUUAGUUCUUAGUACAACAUACUGUAUGUGUUAUUGUCUCUGCAGAUAUAUAUAAUAGAAAUUUAUAUGUAGAUGUAAAACUGCAAUUUCACUUGUUGGAGCUUCUUGUAUGCGAAUUUUAAAUGAGGAAGAUAAAUCACCAUUGUCUGAA